GUAUAACUCUUUACUCUACUUCAUCUGACUAGAUACUAUCUAGCUAGCUACCUAGCCAGCCAGCCUGCUGCGUAUACGUACAUUCCUUGCCUUGUUUUUCUUCUACAUUUUUGUGUGCAUCGCCAUCGAUCAUGGCUUCAAACCAAGACCAGCCAUGGCUGUUAGAAAAUGGCACCCUCAAGGGUUUAACCAAGGAGACCGGCCGCACCAGCCGGACUGCGCACAACAUGUCAUCCACUUCACUUCGGAAGAAGUCCGACCGCACACUUGUCUCCAAAGUUCCGUGUGCCCUUCUCAGACAGUUUCUGGGGAAUUUGCAAGAGGUUUUAUUGGGGACUAAACUCUCUGUUUUGUUCCCAGCCAUCCCUAUUGCCAUUGCUGCUCAGUGUUUUGGCUUUGCAAGACCUUGGGUGUUUGCAUUGAGCUUAAUUGGACUCAUGCCACUAGCGGAACGAGUCAGCUUCUUGACAGAACAAAUUGCUUAUUACACCGGUCCAACAGUGGGAGGGCUUCUAAAUGCGACAUGUGGCAAUGCUACAGAGCUCAUAAUUGCAAUAUUUGCCCUAGCCCAACGCAAAGUAGCAGUGGUGAAGUACUCUCUACUGGGUUCCAUUCUCUCAAACCUUCUCUUAGUCCUCGGCACUUCUCUCUUUUGUGGUGGCAUUGCCAACAUCAAGAAAGAACAAAAAUAUGACAGGAGGCAAGCUGAUGUGAACUCCCUCAUGCUGCUCCUGGCUCUGCUGUGCCACUUGCUGCCAAUGCUGUUCACGUUUGCUGCUGCAGGGAGCUCUACUGUUAUGGGAGUGGACCCCACACUCCAUUUGUCCAGAGCCAGCAGCAUUGUGAUGCUCUCAGCUUACGCUGCAUACAUAGUCUUCCAGCUGUGGACACAUCGUGAAUUAUUUGAAGCUCAGGAGGAAUCGGACGAUGAUGAUGUUGUUUCGGAAGAAACACCUGCGAUAGGGUUAUGGAGUGGAAUUGUGUGGCUGGUUGCAAUGACUGCAGUCAUUGCCUUGUUGUCUGAGUAUGUUGUGGGAACUAUUGAGGAAGCAGCAGAUUCUUGGGGCUUGUCUGUCAGCUUCAUCAGCAUAAUUUUGCUACCAAUUGUUGGCAAUGCAGCUGAACAUGCAGGAGCAAUCAUAUUUGCUUUCAAGAACAAGCUGGAUAUAACUCUCGGCGUUGCUUUGGGGUCUGCAACUCAAAUAGCCAUGUUCGUUGUUCCGUUGUGCGUGAUCGUUGCUUGGAUUAUGGGAAUAAACAUGGAUCUCAAUUUCAGUGUCAUUGAGACUGGCACUUUGGCUUUAUCAAUACUUGCUGUGGCCUUCACAUUACAGGAUGGCACUUCCCACUACCUGAAGGGAUUGGUUCUUCUGCUGUGCUACAUUAUCAUUUCAGCCUGCUUUUUCGUAAACAAAUCUCCGCUUCAUCAAUCGAACAUCGUGAACCUGGGGCUUCAAAUGUCCACUGGAGCAGUUCUUGGAGCUUAAUUAAAAUGUUUUAGCGUUUUGGGUUCAUUAUUUCCCGAUUACAGCAAAAGAUUGAGCCUUGAUCAGCAAGUUUGGCUGGAUGCAGCUUUGUUAAAUUUCUUCAAUUUUGGAUUGUGUUAUAGAGCCUGUCUGAAAGCAAACAGUUUUCGUUUUGCUUGGGGAUCUAAAUAUGGCAACAGUAUGAAUUGGUAGUACUGGUGAAGCUUGAUGAUCGAUGACCGGCUACAAAAUAUAUAUAUGUAUGUCAUAUGUAUAUAGCUCCAUGUCGAUAUGAUCAGAUUGUAUUUGUCAUCUGGUCUUUCAUUUCGUGUUCUGAAUAGAGUUGGGGCAUAUGUCAUAGAGGUUCAGUACUUUGCUUUGUAAUCCAAUAAAAGAAUUAAUGAAUUCAAAAUUGGGGUGGGUUUUGCAA